UCUAUCAUUUCUCCUUGCCACACUUUAGAAGGACAACUGAGCAGUGAGUGGAUAGAAAGCUAAGUGAUAAAGCCAUCAGCUCUAUUAUUUUUAUAGUUUCUUAGAAAACAGAGUAAUGGCUUCAAUACCAUCGUGUACAGCAACAAACCAUCUCUGCUUUACUUCUAAGCCUCAAAAUUCUCAAUCUUUAUUGCCUAAAUUCAGUUCCAAGUUUCUGGGUAUCCAAAAUAAUGUGGGUCGGGUAAGAACCUGCAGAAUUGGACCCUCAAAUGGGUCAAGAGUGAAGUGUUGGUUUAGGUUUGGUAACCGUGGUGUUGAUGCUGAAGGUGCUGGUAUUUAUGGAAGCCAAUCUCGUGAUGACUUUGAUAGAGAUGAUGUUGAGCAGUACUUCAAUUACAUGGGGAUGCUUGCAGUUGAGGGUUCGUAUGAUAAGAUGGAGGCUCUUCUAAGUCAAAAUAUUCAUCCAGUGGACAUCUUAUUACUCCUUGCUGCUUCAGAAGGUGACAAGCCAAAGAUUGAAGAGUUGUUAAGAGCUGGAGCAAGUUACACUGUGAAGGAUGGUGAUGGACGAACUGCCCUUGACAGAGCUAAUGAAGAAAUCAGGGAAUUCAUUCUUGAAUUCUCUGCUCAAAAGGCAUGAUUUAGAUUUCAUUAUCAUCCAUUUACUUGUAUUUUGUUUUCUACUUACCACUCAUGCUAAAAUUUGCAAUUUUGAUUCUGCAUAAAUAUAAUUUGAUGGUGUUAAUUAGUUUAUGUAUUAUCAUGGUGGAUUAGUUUUCCUUGUCUUCCAUUUUCUGUAGGACAAACAACCUUAACUAUCACAUUUGAAUUAUAAAUAUAACAACAAUAGUUUCUCUAUUAA